UCAUUGUGUCUGUGUCGAGGCGUCGGGAGGGCCUAGGUCCGUGUGCAGCGCCGUUCUGCCGGCCUGAGCCCCAGAGUCAGCUCCCCUUUCUCGCCCAGCGCCCCCAGGCUGCUCCCGGGGCUCACGGAACAAUACCGAAACAUAUCAGAAAACAUCUAGAACAGAAAGGAGAGCACAGACCCUGUUUGGAUCAAGUCAGCUCCCUGAGCCUGAAUCAUGACUGCAGAAUCCAGGGAAGCCACAGGUCUGUCCCCCCAGGCUGCCCAGGAGAAGGAUGGUAUCGUAAUAGUGAAGGUAGAAGAGGAAGAUGAAGAAGACCACAUGUGGGGGCAGGAUUCCAGCCUGCAGGAGACGCCGCCUCCCGACCCAGAGAUUUUCCGCCAACGUUUCAGGCACUUCUGUUACCAGAACACUUUUGGGCCUCGAGAGGCUCUGAGUCGACUGAAGGAACUUUGUCAUCAGUGGCUCCGACCAGAGAUAAACACUAAGGAGCAGAUCCUGGAGCUGCUGGUACUGGAGCAGUUCCUCUCCAUCCUGCCCAAGGAGCUCCAAGUCUGGCUGCAGGAAUACCGUCCUGAUAGUGGGGAGGAGGCCGUGACCCUUCUGGAAGAUUUAGAGCUCGAUUUGUCAGGACAGCAGGUCCCAGGUCAAGUUCAUGGGCCUGAGAUGCUUGCCAGGGGGAUGGUGCCUCUGGAUCCAAUGCAGGAGUCCUCAAGCUUUGACCUUCAUCAUGAGGCCACCCAGUCCCAUUUCAAGCAUUCAUCUCGGAAGCCUCGCCUCUUGCAGUCACGGGCUCUCCCUGCCACCCACGUUCCUGCCCCUCAUCACGAGGGGAGUCCCAGAGACCAGGCGAUGGCAUCUGCACUAUUCACAGCAGAUUCCCAGGCAAUGGUGAAGAUCGAGGACAUGGCCGUGUCCCUCAUCCUGGAGGAAUGGGGAUGUCAGAACCUGGCUCGGAGGAAUCUCAAUAGGGACAACAGGCAGGAGAAUUAUGGGAACGUGUUUUCCCAGGGUUGUGAAAACAGGAAUGAGAAUGAGGAGUCAGCCUCAAAGGCUGAAAACGCAGAAGACUCAGCAUCACGUGGGGAGACAACAGGAAGAUCCCAGAAAGAUUUUGCAGAGAAACGUGAACAGCAGGGCAGAAUAGUAGAAAGGCAGCAAAGAAACCCUGAGGAAAAAACCGGAAGAGAAAAAAGAGAUUCGGGGCCAGCUACAGUCAAGGAAAAAAAACCCACCACGGGAGAGAGAGGUCCAAGGGAGAAGGGUAAAGGAUUGGGAAGAAGCUUUAGUCUGAGUUCAAACUUUAACGCCCCCGAAGAGGUGCCGACGGGAACGAAGUCCCACAGAUGUGAUGAAUGUGGAAAAUGCUUCACGAGGAGUUCAAGCCUUAUUCGCCAUAAAAUAAUCCACACUGGAGAAAAGCCCUAUGAAUGUAGUGAGUGUGGGAAAGCCUUCAGUCUUAACUCAAACCUUGUCCUGCAUCAGAGAAUCCACACCGGAGAGAAGCCUCAUGAAUGUAACGAGUGUGGCAAAGCCUUCAGUCACAGUUCAAAUCUCAUUCUCCAUCAGCGGAUCCACUCUGGAGAGAAACCUUAUGAAUGUAAUGAGUGUGGGAAGGCCUUCAGCCAGAGCUCAGACCUUACUAAACAUCAGCGGAUCCACACGGGGGAGAAACCCUAUGAAUGUAGUGAGUGCGGAAAAGCUUUCAACCGAAACUCAUACCUUAUCUUGCACCGGAGAAUUCACACACGAGAAAAGCCGUACAAAUGCACCAAGUGCGGCAAGGCCUUCACCCGGAGCUCGACCCUCACUCUGCACCACAGAAUCCACACGAGAGAGCGAGCCCCCGAGUACAGCCCCGCCUCCCUCGAUGCCUUUGGAGCAUUCCUGAAAAGCUGUGUGUAAGGCAAGGAGUUGUCAACAAGCCAUUUCCCCCUUCUGUUUCCAAAAUUACCUUAGAGACGUGUGCCCACGGAGGGGAAAAAAGGCAGCCUCAACAGAUUAUAAAAGUCACACUUAAGGAUCCUUGUAGCUACAUCAGCAGUGUUCUACCUUUGCAUAGUCUGUGGGCAUGUAAUCCCUCCACACAGCCCUUGCAGGGGAAAGCUAGUCACAUGGAGAAUCCUCACGAUACUUCCGUACAAGACGAAAGCACACAUCACGGCAAAACGUCAAGCUUUUCAGUAAUGAGGAUACCUUUUAAGGUGCUCUUGGCCCAAAAAACCACAGUACAAAAUUGAAAGAUUAAGAUUGGCCCCGUGAAAACGAUACUGAGGUUUAAAGCUGCUUGCUGCAAACAAACCCCACUUGGCCAGCAUCUUGCUAUCACGUAUUUCUCAAAAAGAGGAACAGUUGAAACAAAAACUGCAUUGGGACAUGCUGCUCAAACUAGUUCUAGAGAUGAUAAGUUAUAUAUGUGAUCACUGGUAGCCUGCCAAAGCUAUAGAAAUCUAGGACUGUGCUGAUCAGUAUCAAACCAAAGAUUUCUGGCUCUUCCUGAACGAGGGUACGUGCACCAGUCUACAGUUCCAAAGGACUGCAACAAAUGUAGAUGGCUCUAUCCUCAUCACUGAGAUAAAUCCUACUGAAAUGGCAACAAUGAUUCAAAACCCUUCUCUCCCUUCUCGAAAUCCCUAAAGCACUAUGGCACUCCUAAAUGCAUUUCUCCACAAGCUAGCACUUGAUUGUAUACUGUCUUUUAAUCCACCAUUGUUUCGUGUAUGAAAGUUUUCGUCCUGCCCCCUGCCACACCCCAGCAAAGAGAUGCUUCGAUCGUCAGGGGAUAUAUUUACAUCCCCGUCAGCACUGGACACAGUGCUGAACACCUAAGACGCACUCAUUAUACCUGACUUCUAACAGGACUUUCUAUGCUUAUGAUAAAGUCCUGUGUGAAUCACGAGUACCUGAAGUAUGGUAGCCUGGCCCAACUUUUGAAGAGGACCUUCGGAAUCCGAGGCAUGCUAAAAGCUCUGGGGUCUGAUGCUGUUUUUAUCCUGAAUAUAAAAGAAAGGUGCUGGCCAGCUGCCUGCAUAGACUCUUCCUAAACACAGAUCUGUGAGUAAGUACCAUGGAAUGUCAGAAGUGACUUUAUUGUCAUCAUCUUAAAAAUAGGAACAUUUACUAAGGCCAGUUUUUAACAUCUUUCUGUUCCAAAAGAUCUUAGAAUUCUCUUCAGUCAGCUGUUGAACGUGAUCAUUUAGGCACUUUCUGAGUCAUUUGUAACUAAAUAUAGUUCAGAAGCUAUAAUUUGUGUUGCUUUUCAGAAAAAGGAAACCUGUAGAGUGUAUCCCCCCCCCACACACACACACACUUUUCCAGAAGCUUUGCAAAAGCAUUUGAUAUUGUUAGCUGGCAAUUACCAAACAAGUUUGUUGCUCUGAGGAGUUCACCAACAAGCUGAGACGUGGUUGGGUGUAUCAUAGUUGAACUGCACAGCAUCUCUUCUGUUUCUCACCCCUGAAGACUGAGGGGAGGUUCUGAAACUCAUCUUUUCCAUCGUCUGUGCGGGAGGAAGCAAUUGGCUGCCUAGAAACUAAUGGCAGACGUUUUUCAGAUACACAUACGGGAGACGCAGGUAGCAUGGGCUACAUAGGCAGUCCUCAGGGACUUGGGUAGAGAUGACUCUGCUCCUGAGAGUGUGCAAAUGAUGGUGGACAGCCCUGCACGAACUUAGAAACAGACUAAGAGCAGACCCGAAGACUCCCCUUCCUGGGGGAACCCACGUAGAGUUUGAGGUUUUCCAUCAAGAAACAAAACUAUCAUUGACCAGUUGUUCAGUGACCCAGCAGCUCAAGCCUGGGAGACAGUAUGGCUGUAUGGGGAACCAGUAAGGUGGGGACAACUGUGGCCUCAGUUCCAGACCAAACUAGAAAUUCUGCACAGCAGUAAUUCUUUGGCCUCUCUUUAGAGCUGGGACUGACCACAGCUCCCCUGUAGCUUCUAAACAGUCCUGUCAGUGUUGGCUGAGGAAACUUCAAGGAAGUCUGCAGGUGACCAGACUAUUUCUGUCCGUCCAGUUUCAGACCAACCGAAGAGAUAGUCCAGAAGAAUAUGCCUACAUAGCUUUUUAUAGUCCGUGAAGGUGGAAGAAGUGCUUUUAAGGUUUUUUUCAGAGAGGACGCCACGGUGGAGGCUUCACGGCUGGUGCUCAUCAGCAAAGACUUGCCACUGGGGAGCACCAGGAGCAGCAGGCCGCUUAACUCCAGGCACUGAUCAAAGCACUGACUGUUCUGGAGAGGGAACGAACUUGGGUUGGUUCCACAUUGGUCCUUUUUUGUUGUUGUUGUUGUUUUUAGCCAUAACUCCAUGCUGACAUUAAUUCAGCCAUCGUUUUGGGGUUUUUUGUUUUGUUUUUGUUUUUGUUGUUUUGUUUUGAAAAGGAAAGUUCAGUCCAGCCUGUGCCCUCCUAUUUCUCUUCCUUGCCGACCACGGGGGAGCCACAGCAGUUGCCUCAGAUCUUCAGCAGAUGCACUUCUGAAAGCAGCCAUUUGAAAAUGCAUUUUCUGGGGGCCGGGGGGGACAGGCUAUGGCUGUUCACGAAAACCUUUCACAUUGGUCCAUUUAUCAGCUGCUCAGUGUAGAGUGUAAUUGGGUCACGGUCAGAAAGGCUCACCACAUCUCAUUAGUGUGUCAGGACACUCAGAAGUUCUUGACUGGCCGAAGUCUAUUAACAAACAGUUUAAGUACUCCAUAGUUAACCAUUAGCAUGCUAGUUGACCUGAUGGAAAUUUUUGAAGGGUUUUUAAAGGAUAUACCUUAAAUACACCUGCCAGGAAGAUAAGUAAAAUUCUUCAGAUUGUGGGGGGGAUUUGUCUGUAUUCCAGCCUGGCAGGCAAGGCUCCAGCCUGAAAAGACAGAUCUCUGAGGCAUCUUGAUAUGUAAGACACUUCGUGUUUGAUCAAAGGCAUAAAAGUGAAACUGUGCUAAAUGUGUACAGACAGCUCGCUGCAUUUGAUACGUGAGACCAUUGACAUCUUACAUACAUCAGAAAACUCAUUCCAGGAAAGAAACCCGAGAAUGCGAUAAAUAUGGCAAAGCCUUUCAUCACAUCUCAGCCCUUGGCAUCCAAAAGCUUACACUGUAAAUAAACUUUAUUAAUAUUGUAUGUGAGGAAAACUUUCACGUAUACCACUCGUUGCUUUGGACAGAAAAUGAAUUCCGUCAGUAUGUUCCAAUCAUGUAAUGAAUUUCAGAAACACUGCAGAGGAAGCUUGAUCCACUCCAGAGGAUCCACAGAAGAAAAAAAAUGUGGGGAAAUGCUAAAAAGAAGGCAAAAAUUGUUAAAAAAUUGUUCAUGUUGGGUACUUCUAUAUAUUUUGUAUGACCCACAAUGUCAAUGUCUGUGUUUUGUACCUUCAACCCCGGUUGUGAUUCUGUGUAUUCCCUGUAAACAGAUAAUGUAUUUUAUUUUAAUCUAUUUGACAGAACACAUCACUCCAAAAGAGCAAAACUUCUGGAGUGAAUAGUGAAGGAGUUGAUGUGGGUAUAGACAAAAAGUCGGUUUACAGAACGGAGGAGGGGGAAGAGGAGAGAAAACCUUUAGAGUUUGGUGCUCACCAAAUCAGAAGAGAUUAAUAGAUUCCUUAGGAGAGACAGGUCAAUAGGCCUCUAAAAUGGAACAGUUCCUAUAAACAUCUGCAGCUUCCUGCGCGUUUUCUCUUCAAAGCCAGGAAGUGGACCUCUUAGCUGCCAGCUCACCAUUUCAGGCAAAGAAAAUGGGUUCUCUGAGCUUGCGAGGUGGGGGAAGAGAGGCUUCUCCAGGAAUCAAGAGUAGGGAGUGCACUGGAAAGGCCCAUUGGGACCCAUUAACCUGACCAGGUCAUAUAAACUAUGGCCCUGCUUCCCCCACUAACUCUGUUCUUUAUGCUUAGGCAAUUUGGGUUAGCAGAACGCCGGGAUGGGCCCUUUCCUGGAAAACCGGCAUCCAGUUCCUGGCAUGGCAGGAAGUUUUUCUGAUAAGGCUUGAGAAGCGUUUUGCAGUAUUUGCUUUGGCUGUGCUCCUGUGUAGCUUCCCUGCUCCCACUUACUUCCCGUGAUUAUUAGAAGGCUUGUGAAGAUUCAUAGCUGUGAAGGAAUUUUUUUCUUCCUUUUUAUCCUAGAGUUGAUCACCUUUUAUUCCAGGGUCUGGUCACCCUGAUGUCCUCAUCUGAAGCUAGCUAACCAGGUUCAUCCUACCAUCCUCAUGGAAGAUUCGUUAUGUGAAUUGGAGUAACAGUAUUAAAAUGUAGUCAAACGGUGACAGCAAUACUUGCCAGAGGAGCCAUAUUUUUGUGUGUCCAACUCUGAGCAACUUCUCAGAAAUAUUUAUGAGGGGGCUGGGUUCCCCAUCUGGGAAACCAAAUGAAGGUCUGCAGGUUGUGAAAUGAAAUGUAGAGUCAGAAGAAGAAACUAAGUGGUAUAAAUAGAUCUUUUCAUAGAAGUUAGAGUAGAUUUUUUAUUUCAACUACUACUGGAGAGUUUAAUAAAAAGCAUUAUUUGCAGAGUUUUCCUAACCUAGGUUUAGAUUUUGUUUUUAGAAUGGACACACUACUGUACAUUUAAAAGCAGUUACUUAUUUUGCUAUUCAAAUUAAUUUUUUAUUAUAUCUGAAGAUGAAAUUAUCUGUUUUACUUUUCAAAGCUUUGUAAAACAAACUUGAAGUUAUAGGGAGGCUAAGCCAUCUCCACUUCUGCAGGUCAAAUAAAAGUUGGAGAAAUAACUUUGGGCAUAUCAUACAACAGAAUGUGUCAAUGUGAGAACUUAGUUUCAUAUUGUUCUGUUUGACAGUGGAUGGCACAAACCUCAUGUUUUCCUCUUAUCCUGAAACAGUGGAAGGUAAGGAGAGGCAUGAGGCUUCUAAACACUGUUAUUUUAACAGCUUUUUUUUUUUUUUAAUGUUUUGAGAUUUCUCCCCUCUGUUUACUUAAAGAAUUAUGGCCCACUUAGAAUUACAUGGUAAUUAGCAAAACUAAUUGGUCUUCAAGUUCAACUUUCUCCCUUCAGCAAGCACUCAUGAAGCAGUGAGGCCGAGUGAGUGUCUUAAGAAAUAAAAAAAAUGAGACCUGCAAGUGAUUGAAAGGUGGUAAUAAAACUCAGAUUUCAUUCCAGUUUCAGAUUUGGGUUUUAAGUUUCUUGAGUCCAGGGAAGGGACUAGGCAAGCACAGUCGCCCCGACUCAGGUGUGUGUGUUACUGCUUGCUCGCCUUCCUCCUCACCUCAGCCACUGACCAGUGUAAGUAAGGUUUCUUUCUGCCCUAACAAGGACAAAGCAUGUUAGGCUCCGACCAGCUUCUGCCAGUAGCAGGGGUUACAUGAAAACAAAUAAUUGGGGGGAGGGGGGUGGGGGGGAGAAGGCGGAUGGUGAUUGUGCAGAAAAAUCUUGUUCUAAAACAAAACGAGUGUGAGGGUAAGGGUGGGGAGGGUUACAAGCAAAAUCAGCGAUUAUUUUAAAAUGAACAUAUUGUAUUUUUAUUAACUUGUAGUUAAAUAUAGGUUAUUACAACCAGGUCAACAUGAUAAGCCUAAAUCUAUAUAGAGAGCUAACUCAGGCAUUGUCUUGUUUAUCUGUAGACUGGAUAAGACAAACCUUUCCUGUUCUGUCAGUCCCUAGUUUCUUAGUUUAGAAUAAGUUAGAUCGAAAGAAGAAAGUGUCUUUGUAAUACCCGCAGAAUUAAGUUCUUGCUGUUGAAACCUGGCUUCUCAUUUCACUAGUCUUAGGAGAGUCCAGACGCUUGGUAGAUGUUCAAGAAGUGAUUUUUAAAUUGCAUUUGUUCCUUUAAAAUCCUCAUUAACCUCUCUAGGAAGGCUUCUUUGAAUAAAUAAUGGGAUCUUAGAGGAAAAGUGGUUUGUUUUUUUAAAAGCUAGGGAACUCCUCUAUUGAAAAUCAUUUGAAAACUUGAUUGAGGACUAAAGUUUCCAUUAUGAGAAAUGGCAGCAAAAUGACACUUACAUGCAUUUAUAGUCAAUGGUCCAUUGUAGGUGGCCGGUGGUGUCUGAUGAAUGUUAGAGCAGUGAGGUUGGGGAAGGAGAUUGUGGGGAAUUGUAAUAAAUAUCUCUAUGUUGUUUCUCUUCUGGGUCAUGGUAAAACAAUAAAUUCUCACCUCUAGGUGGCAGUGUUGGUGGCGUUUGCUUUUUGUCCUCCUUCGUUGCAUAAAUACACAUUUUGGGUGAAGGAAAAAGUAUAAUUUCAAAGUUAAAAACAACUACACCCCUGCAGACCAUCUUCGCAGCCGUGAACGUGCUGUAAGUAACUUCACAGGAGCACGUUCCAGGCGGCCUUUCGAAGGCAACCAAUGAAAACCUGUGGUGUAAAGUAGCUCUUCCCGAUACCCCAAAACACAAUUUUCUCAGAAGACGGAACCAUUAAAACAACUUUGACCAAUUUAUGACACUCCAAAAAAACCUGAACAUCCUGACGGUUGGUGCAGCAGGUGAUCUGUUCAGAUCUUCACACUGACUUCUCCCCUGAUAACCUGGUUCUG